UUUAGAAAAUCACAACAAACGCUUUCUUUGAGACACUUUUCUUCUUUCGAAUAAACGAUGUAAGUGGUUGCUCUACGACUACUGUUGCAGAAAUUUGCAAGUGUUUAUUUGCAGUAGCACUUUGUCGGAAACAAUUAUGCCGCAGUCUUCCAUGGAACAAUUGCGGUUGUAAGUUGACUGGUACUCGGAGCCAGUAUGUGGCCACGCAAGCGGCCCUUACAAAGUUGUUUAGUGUACGUUUUUAAUUCAAAAUCGCAUCGAUCUGUUUCUUUCUCCGCUCCUUCUUGGACAUGCCCCGCGAUGAGUCGACAGUAUUUCCUGCUUCAUCAUGCUCUUAAUUAGCGUUCUGCAUGUUUAAAACGGACGCUGCAGGCGGAGGGAGAACAGUCUCCAUGCUUCGCUGGUUCUUGGAAUUAUUUUGGAUUUUUAUUUUUCUGUUUAUUUUUAAAUAAUCAGUAAUUUUUAGAAAAAUGUUUAAUCUGAAUUUCUGUGAUAAGCAGACAGUGCACCAUGUGUGUGCGUUGUUACUAAUUGCGGGGCAAGCGGCGGUGCUGGAUUUUUAUUUGGUAUCGUUUAAUCUGCGGAAAUUCGGGCAUGGUUAUCAGUGGUUGGCGUGGGUCGCCGUGGAUGCGGUGGGAUUGAUCAUUUACGUGCUGCUGUUUAUCCGGGGACGGCGCUAUGUCGACAGGCAUAUGCAAGCGGUGAAAGAGGAAGAUCCCGAUAAUCCCAAGGGUUUACUGCAUUUUUUGGGCAUUUUGCCCUAUGCGUGGGUUUGCUGGUUGUUUUACAGUGUAGUUUUGGUGGGCAAGAUCAUCGCCAUCUUCAAGACGUUCGGUACGGAUCUGCUGGAAACCGACCACCUCGGUAUCAACACCAUGGAGUUCACCUUUGGCGCGUCGGCCGCGGUAUUCAUGCUGUUUGUCGGCGGACUGGAGCAUCUGGCCACGUCGGCGCAGAAGCACUACAUCCGCUGGAUGCAGCAUUUCGUCCUGCUGGAGAUCGUCGACUGCGUGGAAUUCCUCACGUCCCUCUUCGUGGCCGCCGAACUGGAAGUGGCCAAGGGCCACGAGAAACCCCGUCUGCCGCAUCAUCUGGAGAAUGCUAUUCUGGCCUUCGCCUGCAUCAAUUUGAUCGCCCCGGCACACGCGCUGUAUCGAUUGAGCAGUUACCACAAUCGGCACCCGGAAACCCGCAACCGUUUCUUCCUAACGCAGACUUUAGUGGGGACGGUGUUCGGGAAUAUCCCGUACUUUGUGGUGCGAUGCUAUCUAUGGGAUCAGCACAGCUACAUCACGGGACUGUUCGCCAUGAAGAAUCUGAUCGGGAUCUUCACGGACGGGCAGGAGUUGAUUGAAUUCUGGGGGGAGAUGCGGCGCGGACGGGAUGAGAGUGAUAGUGGUAGUGAGGAGGAGGAAGAAUCGGGACCGGCACGCAAGUACAGUGUCGCCAAGAAGUCGGAGAAUGUGGAAGCGGUGCCGAUGACGGUGCAAAACGGCGGCGGCAAGGCGCAGCAACACACUGAAGCGUUAACCGGUUAACGGGAAUGUCAGAAUCCGAACCCGGUGCCGUAAUUUUUUUACGGCUUUAUUUUCUGUUUUACGAUUUAAUUUUUUUAAACGUUUGUUGUCCGUCCUUUGUUUUGUUGGGGACAAGAGACAUUUGCAUGGAUGAAAUAUUUUAUGUUUUCUGAAUGGAUGGAUUUAGGAGCAGCUUCAGUAUUUGCGUACGGUAGUGUUACGUGAAUUCAGAAUUAUUAUUGUUGUCAGUGAUUGUGUCUGGUA